UUUAACGCUUUCCUGAAUAAGCACACUCUCCUGCUUGCUGCUAGUAGUGUCUCGUUGGAAGGCAGCCAUAGCUGAGCAAGCCAAAGCUUUUUAUCACUCUUGUGGUGUUUAGUAGAGCUUUGCAAGAUCGAGGCAUGGAUCUUGGGCCAGUUCAUUGCUUGGCAUGCCUCCUUGUUCUUCUCCUUUUCAGCCAUGCUGCAGGGGGUGGUGCCGAGCAGACAGCAACAGAAGCGCGCCACGACGCGUCGCGACGGCUCACCGGCGUGGCGAAGCUGGAGUCGGCGCACGAGACGCCGGAGCGGGACGUGACCUCUCCGCUCGCCACCGUCCCGGUGGAGACGAACCCCACCGUGACGUCGACGAACCCCGCGGCGAUGCCGGCGACGCAGACGCCGUCGCUGGCGAACCCGGUGGCCGCGGCCGGCGGCGGGAGCUGGUGCGUGGCGAGCCUGAGCGCGAGCUCGACGGCGCUGCAGGUGGCGCUGGACUACGCGUGCGGGCAGGGCGGCGUCGACUGCUCCGCCAUCCAGUCCGGCGGCGGCUGCUUCAACCCCAACACCGUCCGCGACCACGCCUCGUACGCCUUCAACAGCUACUACCAGAAGAACCCCGUCCAGACCAGCUGCGACUUCGCCGGCACCGCCAUCCUCACCAGCAUCGAUCCCAGUUCCUCAUCGUGCAAGUACCCAUCGACGAGCACCGGCGCCUCGGUUCUGAACACGUCGACGCCGACGAACCCAGCUUUCGGAGGCUACGACAACUCUCCUCCUGGAUACAGCAACGGCAACUCCCCUCCACUGUACGGAUCCAUGUCGCCUCCGGGCUACACUGACAACGUCGGCGCCGCCGCAGCCAUGGCCGGCAGCAGGAGAAAAGUCUUGUCGCUCGCGUGCCUCGUCGUGGCAAUGGUGCCUCUGAACCUGUACGAGUGAGAAUUCAAGAUGCAGUUUCAAAUCAGUAAACUUUUGGUACUUGCAGUCUUGCACUGAUGCAACCAGAAAGCAGAGAGGGGUCUGCAGAUUAGGGUGCAAAGCUUGGAGAAGCAGGGUGACGCCGAGCAGCCCGGCAAGAUAGAUAGGAGUAUUAGAUUUCUCCUAGAUGUAGAGAAGUAGCAUGUAUCAGCUGUGAUGCUGCAUGUAACUAGGAAUCAGUAAGAACAUUGAGCUGAUCUUUUGGGUUCAUGUACGUGAAACAGUUAAUCAUCUACUUAGAUGAACAUGGAUGAGAAUGUGUGAAAUCCAUUUC